CAUACAAAGGUCACAGCUGAAAAAAGGAAGCUAAGCUAAGUUAAGCUUUUUUUGUCAGGGAAGACAUAAGCAGCUACCAUGGUGGUCAUCACAGAGUUCCAGAAGAUUGGUGUUGGUCUGAUGGGAUUCAGUUUGUUUUUCCUAGUCUUUGGUGUGCUGCUGUACUUUGACUCUGUCUUGCUGGCAUUUGGAAACAUCCUGUUUCUGACCGGCUUGACAUUUAUCAUUGGCAUCAGAAGGACCGCCCAAUUCUUCUUUCAAAGACACAAGUUUCGAGGUUCUUUGUUCUUCCUGGGCGGAGUCUCUCUGGUACUGUGCCGUUGGGCAAUCAUUGGAAUGCUAUUAGAGAGUUAUGGCUUUGUUCUUCUAUUCAGAUCCUUCUUCCCCAUGGCCUUGGGAUUUGUGGUGUCAGCUGUGAAUAUUCCCUUCCUCAGUGCAUUUACCUCCAGCAGCUCCUCCAUGGUCUGAGCAGAUAGAAGACAUCUUACAGCAACGAGGAAGUGUGUGUUUGGGACAACUAUUUAUUUUAUGGAUAAACAGGAGCAAUAAGUUAUUUUUUACAAUGUUUUAUAUUUUCUAUAUUCUGAGGUUACAAUUACAACCAACCAUUCGUAGAAUUAGCUGCUUAAAUGUGAUAACCUUAAACCUUUUACCAAUGAAACACAAAUCCUGGAUCUAUGUUGUCUUAUUUUGGAAUCAUUUAACAUAUUUUCACCCGUUUAUUUUAUAUGUUUUUGUAUCUUUAUACAUAGUGCAUACUGUGUACUAGAGCAGUUCUAUAAAUCUUAACAAGCUGGUUCUACAACACCUGUAACACCUGAUCUAAGGAACAAAUUUACACUAAGCAAACAAGUUCAAUAUAAUAAAUUGGCCUACUACCAAAGACAA